UCGCUGUACCCGAGAAUACGUGGACCUGUACACGGAGGUUGAGGAUCCAAGCAGUGAGCUGAUCAGCACGCCUUUCGGUGGCCGCUAUUGUGGCCGUGUGUUUCCCCGACGCCGGAUCUCCAUGCACAAGACUCUGGUCAUCGGAUUCUACACCGACUACGAGAAUGACACGGCGGACGUCUUCCAGGGAACUUACUCCUUCAUCAACGCAGCUCGGUUUCAGGUGGGGACACCGGAACCCGGAGCCGUGUGCAAGUUUACGAUUCACGGCGACGAGAAGCGGGAGGGCGAUUUUUUUUCUCCCACGUACCCUGGGGUGUACCCCAAGAACCUCCAGUGCCGGUACAGGUUCUUGGGCAGCAAAGGACAGCGGGUGCGACUUGAAUUUCUAGACUUCGACCUCUUCUACGGUGGUUCUCAUUGUCCCUUUGACCUUGUGAAAAUCUACGACGGCAACACACCCGAGACCCUCUGAUCGGUACCUACUGCGGACAGCAGCGCAACCUGGUAGUCUACUCGUCGGCCGAGACGCUGUACGUCGAGUUCACGACGCUGCAGCGCAU